AUGAUUUUAUUAAGAUCCAUGUAUUCUAUAUCCUAUUAAUUCUCAACGGACAGAAUCAAGCCUAAACGGACCCGGUCUAUUGAGCCCCAACCGGCUUCCGUGAGCAAUUAAAUCGAUCUGCUUUCUUCCCUGGCGAAUCUUUCCUCGACGUGCAUGAUAUGGUAUCGAAAUAGAUAUGGCGGUGGCGCCACGAUAUCACAUGAGAUCGACAUUACUGCGAAAACUUUUCCCCUGGCGGGGAGCGAGUGACUAUGGUGAGUGAGUCAGUCAACGCGCGGACUCGUUCCCCCCCUCGCCCCUGUUCAAGAAUCCGGUAAAGAUCGUUUCUCGUCAGUUGGGUGCGGUGCAGCGCGCCUUGGGAUUUCUUGAGGGGAGCGGGGAUCCGGUUAGGAUCUCCUUCUCCUUAUUCUCUGCUCUUCGUCGCUUCUCCUCCCUUCUCGGCACCGGGUAUAUAAGCGGUGGCGGCCUCUGGGUUCUUGUUCCGCAAUGUCGUCGCCGAGAGGAGGAGACAAGGAAGGCGGCCGGGAUGGCGAGCGCCAGAUCCACGUCUUGGCUGUUGACGACAGCUCCGUCGACCGAGCCGUGAUCGCGAAGCUCCUCCGGAGCUCCAAGUACAGAGUGACGGCCGUGGACAGCGCCAAGAAAGCACUGGAGCUCUUGGGAACGGAACCAAAUGUCAACAUGAUUAUUACGGAUUACUCGAUGCCGGAGAUGACAGGGUACGAGCUCCUCAAAAGAGUCAAGGAAUCGCCAACGCUUAGGGAAAUCCCGGUGGUGAUCAUGUCCUCGGAGAACGACCCCGACAAAAUCAACAGAUGUUUGGAGGAAGGAGCGGAGGAUUUCUUGCUGAAGCCCGUGCGGCCGUCUGAUGUGUCCCGCUUGUGCGGUCGGAUGCGCUCGUAGGAUAUACAUAGGAAGAAACCUU